AUGGGUUCUCCGGGCAUACCCGGGGGCAGCACCUGGCAAUCCAUUGGUAACAGUGAUCGAGCUGUGAUAUCCAGCUCCGUGAGCAGUGUCAACAUGUUCGAAUCCGAUACCACUAGUAGUAGCGACGGGGAUGAGGACGACUCCAUGCAUAUAAUCGAUAGGGAAGAUCCGAUUCUAAUGACCCCACAUCUUGCUCGACCGGGAAAUGCGUUCUCGACACCAUUUUCUCCAAGCACAGCUCAAAGCCCCGGCGGUGAUUGGAUGAGUGGGCUUUCUGCUGCUAAAGCCAGCCUCAUGAGUUUUCAACGUGCCCGACUGCGUGGUGCUAGGAGUAGACACAGCUCAAGUAGCACCAGCGGUAAUAGCUCGAAACCCAGCCCUGGACCCAUAUCACCACCCGUUUUUAAAAGUAUCGAGAGCGCCGCCACUGGCUAUUUCCCCAGAGAAAUGUCCAUGAGCGAAGUCAAAUCACGGCGGGAAAGCCUAAGUCUAGGCACUAGUGACCUUCAUUUGUCAGACAUGAGCGAUGAUGAUAAUCGACUAGCUCGGUUUGGUAGCCCGUCCAGCAGCGCUCCCUUACCGGGGACAACAAGUAUCGAAAGCGGGCCUCACGGCGUAAUUCGACGUCCUGUAACGAGGAGAGGAAAUUUACUGCCUAAAACGAAGAACUUCGCCCGGAUCCGGGCGGCACUGCUUGAAGAAGUAGCCCCGAUUGAUUUCGAGUGCCAGCGGGAGGCUGAAGUCAUUCGGCAGGUUCGCGAGAGCGAAGGCGGUGAAUUACCCCCGCUCUCACCUUCCUUAACAUCCCCUCUAGACUCGUCGGAUUCCAUUAAUCCCAAUGAUGCAAGGGACAUUGUCACCACCCGGUUCACGGGGGAAGGGUCGUCAUCAAGCAUAUUUACCAGCCAUCCAUCCAGUGGUAUAGGCCGUUUAAGUGCCUUUAAUAACCGAUAUCAAACUCCACCUCCGCCGACAACCCAACCCAUUAACCCCUUCACUUCCACCUCUACCUCCGAUACAACGAUACAAACACCCCCAUCUACAUCCCCGGGCGUCUUGGCAAACCAACACACCAGUAACAACGCGCCGCAACCUUCCGCCGCUGCCGGCCCUUCACGCAUCGAAACGGAAGCGUCCCGCACAAACAAAAAACGUAGACACGAUGAGAUGAUCGAUAUGAACGCGUUCAAGCGGCGGGCAGUUUCGCCAGGGAUGUAUGUGCAGAAUUACCCCGUCGCGGCCUCUCAGCCUUCCUCAUCGGGAUCUUCUGCUUCGUAUUUGAGCAAGAAACUUAGCAAGGAACUUAGCAGUCGAGCAGAAGGUGACGCUCAGACGCAGCUGCAGUCGAAAAAUCCCCUGACUUCGACAUCGACACCGACAACUGGAAAGACUGGGAGAGUGACAGAGGGUAGUACUAUGAAGAGAGUUGGGAUGCAGGGGAUGAAAGAGACAAAUGAUGGAUUGAUGAAUAUGAGUAUUGAUUGA